AAAAAAAAAGUGGGAAAAAGGAAAAACCUUCAAAUAAAAAAGGGAUUAUUUACUGGUUGACUAGGAUCUAGGAUGCAAGGAGGUAUGGGACAGGAGUAUUUAGUUUCAAAACCAAAUAAUCACCAUGGGCAUACACCAGUAUUUUUCAAGCAGAAAUCCUCACGAUUGAGAGAUGAAGUCGCGAGGAUGGGAGAAAGAGAGAAGGGAGAAGCUUAACAUGGGAUUCAACGAACUGUGCAAACUUCUUCCUGACCAUGAUCCCUCCGUUACCUUGAGCAAAAUGGAAAUACUGACCAGAGCCGCUGAGUAUAUAAGGCAUCUGCAAGAUCAGAACGAGGAUAUCAUCAAAUGUGGGAGCAAAACGAGUUUAAAGAACGAGGCAGAACGAUUGAAGAAAAGAGUUGCUUUCCUUCUGCUCAAGACAAAAGAAUUGGUCAGUGCUUUGAGAGUGGCAGGUGUACCAAUUCCCACUAACAAAAAACGAAAAAAAAGCGUUUCAAAGAAGCAAGCUGCUAACUCAAAUACAAACAAUACUAGUGUUCAGAAUGGAGUAGCAACCACACAAGAUAAAAACAACAUUUCACCUAAGAAAUUGUGCACAAAAAACACAAUUUGUAACGUCGUUUCAGCAUCACCAAUUGUGAUGCCAACAAAAGCAGCAACCACGACUUUUCCCUUAGUUGCAAACGCUGGAAUUGUCAUGACAGCCUCUCCAAUUAUGAAGCCCGUUGUGGCCGCUGGGCUACAGCCGAUUGGAAUCGAUAAAAAAAUUCUUAGCCGAUUAGGCCCAGGAACUUUGAUAUUAGCCGAUGGCAGAGUUGUUAACAUGCCUCCCAUAGUUCCACAAAUUGUGGUCAAACCACAACCGCCAGCGGUUCUGGUGAUGCAAAGGGUCAAAAAAGGCGAAAGUUUCAUUGCUCCUAAAAAGAGAGAUGUGACAAAAACGACCUUUACCAAUAAAGCGCCAAUCCCGGCAAUUAAGACGUUUCGAAUGGAGAGCAGACCUAGAUCACCAAGGCCGAGGAAAAAAACAAAACCCAAUGACAAUAAUAAAAGCAAAGACAUUUCAGUUUCUUCAGUAACUUUGACAGUAACUACCACAACUACUACAUCUACUACCUCAGUUACCACAGUGACUUCAAAUGAAAUGGAGAAUCAGACAGUUCCAGAAAAGGAUAAUAAUACUGAUGAUAUAGAAAAAGUGUCAGAAUUGUCAAACGGUGAAAAAGAAAUAUCCGCACUUGUCCAAAAUCAGGAGACUAACUGUGAAAGUGUCACUGUACAACAGAAUGCUGAGGUAGAACGAGAUAAAGAAGAAAAGAGUCAGAGCAUGGUUAAAUACACAAUUGACGCUUUAUUCAAUAGAGAAAUGGACAAAGUAGAAGUUGCGAUGGAGAAGCAGGCUGAUUCUAUGAAAUGCAGUGAUCAAUCAAAAGAUCUUCAAUCAUCCGCCUCUUCCCAAGAGAAAUCGAAGGUUAUAAGAAAAGGGAAUAGGGAAAAACUAAUUACAGUCGAGGAACCUAUUAGUUUUACUGAAGUGAAUUAUCAAAUAAAUAAUGAUAAUGUCGAUGAUAUUAAUUCCAAUGUAAGCAUUAGUAAAAGCGUUGAGUCAAAGACAGAUAAAGAAAUGUCUACAUGUUUGAAUCCUAAUAAUAAUAUUGAUAGCAAUGUUAACACAAAUAAAGAUUCUCAAGUUCAAAUCGACCAUCAGGCAACGUCUUCAACUAAUCUUCCUUCUAGCUCUUGUACUACAUCUUUCUACAGCAGCUGCACACCUACGCAAUCGAUUAUGACAGAGACACAGGCUACAUCGAUAAUACCAAACCAUGAUGAUUUUGACAAAAGAUAUUUGGACAAAGAUGUACAACAGAGUAAAAUAGAUAACGGAAGCCUCAGGAAGCGAGAUAAACCGUUUUACCACAACAAUGUAUUGAACGAUGACAUAAGUUCUGUGCAAAUGAAUCUUUUCCCUUCGAAUUCGAACAUUUCCAGGCCUCAGAUGUUUUCAAGCAACCAGAAUUAUUACAAUCAAAUGGGCCAUAUAAACAACUCAAACCAAAUGUUCUCGAAUGUUUUGACAUCAUCGGUAUCGACAAAUAUUCCCAUUUCGACCGCACGAGCUGACAUAUUUUCCCCUGAUUUAUCCUCGGGCCAGAACUUCCUUUCAAACCAGGGUACACAUAAUGACGCUUUUGUGCAUAAUACGAAUAAUUCAUUGUUGAAGCCUCAGAACAACAUAUUCGUACACGGUUCAGUGGCGCAAUUCAGCAAUUGUCCAAAUCAAAACAUACCAAAUCAAAUAUUCACACAGAAUCAAAAAGUAUUGUAUUCACAGACAUUACUGCCUCCGUCUAGUCGGGAAAAUUCUGCUAAAAACGGUCAGUUUACUAAUAAAUUUGUUCCUUCUAGUAUUGUGACUUCAACAGUUUCACAGCUGAACUGUGAUAAUUUUAGCAUGAACAUGACUCAUAGGCCAAUGAAUCAGGCUAACCAAGAUCCACAGUUACAGACCAAAUUUAUCCCGAGUGUGUCUCUAAACUCCAAUGUGCACGCUUCUAUUUCUCAAUUGAACUGUGAUAAUUUCAGUAUGAACAGUAUUGCGAAUAGAUCGAGUAUUCAUUCUACGGGCCAAGAUAAUUCAAAUUCUACACAGGCUGGUGGUUUCUCUCAUAAACUUCUACCUUCUAGCAUUUCAAAUUCCAACGCCCAGACUUCAGUGUCAAAUAUAAACUGUGAUAAUUUCAGCAUGAGCAAUAUAACGCAUAGAUCGAACAUUAAUAUGAGCCAAAGCUCUUCGAAUUCGACACAAACCCAGAGUAAUCAUUUUCCUCAUAAACUGAUAUCUUCGAGCAUAUCUAAUUCAAAUCAAGUACCUACGAUGGUUUCUCAUUUGGGUUGUGAUAAUUUCGGCUUGGGCAGUGAAGCACAACAUGCAAAUACAAGUCAAAAUAUUUCAAUUUCUACACAAACUCAGUCCAACCAAUUUUCUCAUAAACUCGUACCUUCGAGCAUUUCAAAUUCUUCGGCUCCACAAUUGAGCUGUGAUAACUUCAGGAUGAGCAAUAUAACGCACAGGUCAAAUCCUGCGAGUCGAGAGGCAAACUCAGCUCAAAUUCCAACAAGCCAAAAUCUGUUUUCGCACAAACAGGUACUUUCAAGCGUCCAGAAUAUUGUGUCUUCGUCUUCUCAAUUAAACUGUGAUAACUUCAGCAUGAGCAAUAUAACACACAGGUCAAAUCAGGAAACAAACUCAACGCAAACUCAAACGAAUCAAAAUGCUUUUUCGCAUAAACAAGUGCAUUCAAACGUUCAAAAUAUAUCUUCUUCGACUUCUUCUGUUCAGUUGAACUGUGAUAAUUUCAGCAUGAACAACAUAACGCAUAGGCCGACAAAUUCAAAUCAGGAUAAUAUUAACAACGCCACACAGACUAAUCGUAUGUUCUCCCACAAACGCAUACCUUCUAGUGCUUCAAGCGCACAACCGAGUUCUCAGACUUUGAAUUGUGACUUCUCAAUGAACAGUGGUACGCACCAGCCAAACAUUCCGAUGGUCCAGGAGAAAGCUUGUCAAAAUCAGCUAAACAUUUUAAAUGAGCCAGAUUCGAACAUGUUAGAAUUCAAUCAGAAUGGGCAAGGAAAGACCGCUCCCGUUUGUGUAAUUACAAAGGAAAAAAACGCACAGUGCAGGGAUAAAAACGACAAACUUUAUUCGACAAACACAGAAGGAAACAGCUUUAAAACAGACGGAGCCGUCUGCUCGCAUGAUUUACUCCGUAUUUCCAAAGAAAUAGAAAGGAACCCAUUUAUACCUAUUGACGAUGUCCGUUUAAGUUCAGACUUUUCAAAUGACCUUUUCAGUUCUCUUCAGGUUCCAACGGGUGGACAGCAUUCAGAAUCGAUAUCGCCUACUGCUGCUUUCCUCUUGGCAUUUCCUUUAGUUUCAACGUCUAAAAACGUGGACAGCCUGAAUGAACCAGAAAACCAUGAAAAUCAGACUUCCACGCCUACGACCAUUCUCCAAAUUGGCAAUAUCGACACGCCAAGUACAGAAAUGUUCCAACCCUUAGAAUUUGGCAAAGGGAAAGAGUAUGACAUGAAUACGGAUUAUUUAGGUGAUGUCCAAAUGAAAUGCAAGAGGAAAGAAGCAGAGAAGAAAAUUAAACCUAUCGCCAAUAAUUAUCAAAUCCCGUACAACUAUCCGGCAAAUCCUCCUGCCGAAUACAACCAACAGUACGAACAACCCUGGACAGAAUCUCAAAACAAUAAAGCAAAACAAACCGAAAGAAAAAAGCAAGAUAAAUUGCAAAAGAAUUACAAUUAUGAAUACUAUAAAAAUGAUAAGAAAAAGAAAAGUAAAAUUUCCGUUCAUUGGAUGACCACACCUGAGACUGAAGUAUACUCUAGGGAGAAUGAAUCAUCUUUCCUAUCAUCGAGCAGCCAAUACAAUAUGGAAAUAGACAAUAUCCCAGAUUUAUACACUAGCAAGAAGAAUUCUUAUUCUUGGUCACCGAGCAAAUCUUUAUUGCCCCUUGACAAUAAUUUAAUGAUCCCUACAUCCACUUUACCGACUCUUGUCGGAGACUUAGCUCUCGGUACAACAACACCGUCUGAUGUUUUCAAAAGGUGCGAAAAGAAAACCCCCGAGAAAAAUGAAGAGAAAAGACUACAAUCGAAAACCCAGGCGAACUUCUUAUCCGUGAGCCAGUUGGUCGAUCCCAAGUCGAAAAAGCUCAAACCGCCUGAAAGGCAAUACAAAAAGCAAGAGAAAAGGAGAAACGUCAACUAUCCCAAGAGAAAAGAUGCACAAGACCCUUGUAUGUUCAAUGAUAAUUUCGUACCGAAUUUUAGCUGGGACAAACGUUACAAGGGCAACUACAGCGCCGAAUCUCUCAUAGCCACGCAAGAUAUAAAUGAGACCUUUAACUAUCAGCAGAACAAUUAUUUCCAAAACACAGAAUUCAUGCACGAUGCCAGUGGGCAAAGUAAUCAGUACCAGAACUGCUUGAACUUCCCGCAGAAUCAUUUUUCAAGUUUCAUCCCUGACGAGUACCAGAGUGAUAACUUUGGGAUCAACAAUGUUAGCACAAGAGCUAUACAGCCUUCUGAUAAAAUGAGGUCAGAUCUGAGGUAUAAAGAAGACAGUCUGCAAACGAAUUUCCUCCAGGGUUAUUAUCACUCGUCCAACUGCCCGACGACAUCGUCCACCAUUUCAGCCCAGUCCAAUUUCAACAUUCCAGCUAGUGCACCGUCUAACUUCAGUUUAACGACAAAUACGACGACAUCUCUUACCAAUUUCAACCUGAGCACUAUUUUCCCUGAAAUGAAUGACCAGAGAUCUGCUCCAUCUAGCCAAGGGAAUCAUGGACAUAUGAAUUCAUUUGUAAACCAAAAUUACAGGAGCCACCCUCCAAUUUAAAUAAUUUGAUUAAUUGGGUUACAAUGUUGAAAUGAAAUUUAAACUGAAUUAUUUACACUGAAUUGUAAUUCAAUUCCUCAUAGGUCUUAAUGUAAAAAGUGUACAUAAAAAUAUAAAAACAAAAAUGAGACUAUCAGGUUUUAAAGUUAAUAUAUU